AAGUGUUUUUAAGCGUCCCACACGUGUGUGAAUCUACUUCCGGUUUAAAAAUAUAAACACAGCUUGGCCGAAAAUGUCAUUUUUCAUCAAAGGGAAAGGCAAAUCAAAGCCCAAAUCAAGCAAGCCGCCUGGAGGAAAAAGAAAAUCUGAUCUUUCAGCAUAUCCAUUGAAGAAGAAGAAAUUCCGAGGUGCAGAUGAAGAAAUUGAAAGUGAUUCAGACGUUGGGGAAGAUGAUAUUCAAGAGAAGAUAUAUUCAUCAUCUGAGGAGGAAGAGGAAACAGCGCAGGAGAAAAAGCUUCGGCUGGCCAAACAUUACAUUGCUCAGAUAGAGGCUGAAGAGAGUGGAAAUAUCCUGGCAGAAGAUGUGGACAGGGAUGUCAUCUCCAAGAGGCUUAAACAAGACAUGUUGUUGCAGACUGGCAAGCUGCAGAAGAAGGUGGCAGACAAUCUGGAGACCGUGAAUGCAGACAGCCACAUUUUGUUCCGAGGUCACCAGCUUUCUGUGACCUGCGUCGUCAUCUCCACGGAUAGUCAGUAUGUGUACAGUGGCGGGAAGGACUGUUCCAUUAUUAAAUGGUCAGUGAAAGAGCGUCGGAAGUUAAAGAUGAUACACGGUGGCAGAAAGGGCACAGAGAAAAAACAUGUCGGCCACACAGGACACAUACUGGCUAUGGCAAUCUCUACAGAUGGAAAUUAUCUGGCCACCGGUGAUGCGGACAAGUUGAUCCACUUGUGGGAUGCAGGAACCAUGGAGCUCAUAUACACAUUUAAAGGCCAUAGGGAUGCUGUGACUGGUUUGUCGUUCAGAAAGGACACACAUGAACUGUAUAGCUGUUCCGACGACAGAUCUGUGAAGAUUUGGAACGUGGAUGAGAGAGCUUAUGUGGAAACAUUGUUUGGUCACCAGGACAAGAUUACAGCCAUUGACUGUCUAUCUCGAGAGCGAGCUAUUACAGCGGGUGGACGAGACAGUACUGUUCGGGUCUGGAAAAUCUUGGAGGAAUCACAGCUCGUCUUCAAUGCCCACAAAUUGUGUUCUGUUGACUGUAUAGCCCUCAUUAAUGAAUCCAACUUUAUCUCAGGUGCUGAUGACAAUUCUCUUUCCCUGUGGGGUGCCAUGAAGAAGAAGCCACUUUUCACUCUCCGUAACGUCCACGGGCCAAAACAGGCGGAUGAAAAUGGGAAUCAGCGGCAAUCUGAGGAGGAGAACUGGAUAUCUGCUGUGGCCGCCCUGCACAAUACAGACCUGGUGGCUUCAGCAGGUUCUAAAGAUGGUUGUGUGAGGCUGUGGAAGUGUAUGAACGACUGCCGCAAACUGGAGCCAGUUAUGGCCAUCCCUGUGGUUGGAUUUGUCAACAGUCUACAUUUCUCUACCGAUGGUCAGUAUCUUGUGGCUGGAGUGGGUCAAGAACACAGAUUAGGACGCUGGUGGUCGAAUAAGGCUGCCAAAAACUCCAUCCUUGUCAUACCCCUCAAAUUUAUUGUCACUUAAAUGUAAUAAAAUGUAUCCUACAUAAAAUUG